AUGAUGUCUGAAAGCAACUACAAUGCCUUAGGUGAUGAUGACAGAAUCCUUCUAAACAUAAUGCAAAAUGAUAAUGAAGAUAGUUUUCUCUCGGAUCGGCGCAAUGUUUUUGCCGUGGAUCAGGACAAUUGCAGCCAAUUCAGCCUCACCGAUUUUACCUAUCCUCCCUUCCCCUACACACCAACCACCAGGAGGAGGAAUAGACUCCACAGGAAUGUUAUCUCCCCCCAUAACCCUCAUUACAGGUCGUGGCAGCUGCUUCUGGCGCUGUUAGUUUUCUACAGUGCAUGGAUGUCACCAUUUGAAUUUGGGUUCUUGGAUGAACCUUUGUUACCUCUUUCGAUUAUUGAUAAUGCUGUGAAUUUUUUAUUUUGCAUUGACAUCGUUUUAACCUUCUUUGUUGCGUAUUAUGACAACUCUACAUGCGUGCUUGUGGAUAAUCGUGGGCAAAUUGCGAGGAGUUAUCUGAAAUCAUGGUUUAUGCUUGACGUCAUUUCCACGAUUCCUUAUGAACUUGUCCAUCAAAUAUUGCCUCAUGACGUCCAAAUUUAUGGCUACUUCGGUAUGCUUCGCCUUUGGCGUCUUCAUAGAGUCAGUGCCUUGUUUGCAAGAUUAGAAAAGGACAAAACUUAUAACUACUUCUUGUUGCGGUGUGCAAAGCUUACGUGUGUUACUCUAUUUGACAUUCAUUUCGGUGCCUGUAUUUUCUUCUUUCUUGGCAACCGUUUUGUCGAAGACCGAAGUACAACGUGGCUUGGGCUUAUUACUGAUGUGGAUGACAAGAAUAUCAUGUCUCUCUACGUAACAUCAGUAUACUGGGCAAUAAUCACACUAGCAACAGUUGGUUAUGGUGAUCUACAUGCUGUAAAUACAAGGGAGAUGGUAUUUGUGAUUUUCUAUAUCCUCUUUAAUGUGGCACUUACAUCAUACGUCAUCGGAAACAUGACAAAUUUAGUUGUUCAAUCCACAAGCAGAACUAGGAAAUAUAGGGAAACAGUGAAAGCUGCCUCAAAAUUUGCUCAUCGAAAUCAAAUACCUACCCGGUUGGAAGAACAGAUGCUUGCUCAGUUGCUUAUGAAGUAUAGAACUGAUUUAGAAGGAGUGCAACACCAAGAUAUUAUUGAUUCCCUUCCAAAAGCGAUUCGAUCUAGUGUCUACUACUGCUUAUUCUAUCCAAUGAUGAACAAAGUUUACUUGUUUACGGGAGUGUCAACAGACCUCAUUUUUCAAUUGGUCACGGAGGUGAAGGCGGAGUAUUUUCCUCCGAAGGAAGAUGUUGUUUUGGAGAAUGAAGCACCAACGGACUUUUAUAUCUUUGUCACCGGUGGUGCAGAACUUAUCAAACAAGUGAAUGGAGUAGAACAGGUCGUUGGUAAGAUAAGUGCAGGACAGUUAGUUGGCGAAGUAGGAGUUCUAGGUUACAUACCGCAGCCAUAUUCAUCUCGAACUAAUCGAUUGAGUCAAAUUUUGCGCUUGGAGCGUACUGCAUUUCUAAACCUUGUUCGUUCAAGUGUUGGAGAUGGGGCAAUAAUCAUGAAUAAUUUUCUCAAUCAUUUGGAAACUUCCGAUAUUCAAGGGAUGGAUGCUAUUUUUGCAGAAAUAAUGGCCAUGUUGGCUCAAGGUAAAACAGAUCUGCCUAUCAGCACAUGCUUUGCAGUAAGCAGAAAUGACAACAUAUUGUUACGUCGGUUGCUGAAGAAAGGUUCAGAUCCAAAUGAAGCAGACAGAACUGGAAGGACAGCAUUGCAUAUUGCAGCUUCUAAUGGCGACGAGAAUUGUGUAACUUUGCUUUUACAGUUUGGUGCUGAUCCAAAUAGAAAAGAUUUGAAAGGCAGUAUCCCAUUAUGGGAAGCAAUGAGCGGGGGACAUCAAUUUGUCAAGAAAAUUCUCAUAGACAAUGGAGCAAACAUAUUCUGUACUGAUGUAACGCGUUUAGCAUGUGUUGCAGCUCAGAAAAAUAACACUGAAUUGCUCAUGGAACUCGUAGAAUUUGGUGUGGAUGUGACAAAAUCCGAUAAAAGUGGAACCACUGCCCUGCAUACAGCAGUAAGUGAAGGAAAUGUAGAGAUUGUGAAGCUACUUGUAGACCUAGGAGCUGAAGUUGAUAAGCUAGAUAAUUCUGGUUGGAGUCCAAGGCAUUUAGCCGAACAACAAGAUCACGAAGAAAUUAAAAAUAUAUUUCAGAAAAUUAAAAAGAACAAACAAAAAGAAUCUACUAUUCCAAUACCAGAUAAUGGUAAGCCUGAUGUGCCUUACACAGGAAAUUUUGAAAGUGAACAUGUUAUACCUGAUAUUGUUGGAUUUCAAUCCCAAGAAAGCUUGCUACAACCACAUAUUCAAGACGAGUUGCCAUGUUUAGAUGAUCAUCAAAGACGAAGAGCCAACACCUAUCAUAAUUCAAUUUUCGGGAUGAUCUCUGCUGCUAAUCGUAAUAAAAAAGAUCGUGAGGCGUACGAAAGAAACACCGAUAAAGCUGCAGACAUGAAAAGAUUAAUAGCUAGAGUGACACUUAGUUGUCCUCAAAUAGGUAAACAUGGUGGAAAGCUUACUUUUGUGCCUGAGUCCCUUGAAGAACUGCUAGACAUUGGUGCCAAAAUGUUUGAUUUCUCACCCACCAAAGUUUUGACCAAAGAAGGAGCUGAAAUUGAUGAUAUAGAUCUUAUAAGAGAUGGUGAUCACCUUAUUAUUGCCACUGACUGGAGAGGAAAAGGGAAACAGUAA